GUUCACACACAAAAUAAAAAUUUACAUUCAAUCAUGUUCGGUUUUCGCGAGCAAAAUCUAAUCUAAUUAAUCUAAACAAAGCAACAAAGAGAUAUAGUGACACAAACAAAACAAGAGAGUGGAGUUUUACACAACUCAUUCGAGUCACUUAGCAUUAUAGGAAAAGUAUUUGGAAUAUAAAUUGAAGAUAUUUACAAAAAGAAAGCGUACAAUUUUCUAUAGCAAAGAAUUAGGAAAUUAGAAGGAAUGAAAUUUGUGCAAAAUUUAUGGUGAUUUCGUUAUUAUUUGAGCCUAGUUUGUUUGGAAAAAAUUGACGGCGUUUUUCCGCAUUGAAUGGUUUCCAUUUCUUUCGGAAAUUUCAGCUGUUAACCGAAGGUAACAAAAAAAGAAAAAAAUAAACGUGUUAAAAUUGCCAGCGAGUGAAACUACAGAACAUAUUGUCUGGCUACAUCAAGUCAUGGAAAGGAGGUUGAAAAAUUCCGGGAAUUUAAAGGGUCCAACAGCAACUGUGGUGCCAGCGCAAUUGAUAACCAAAGUCAAUAGCCCAGCUUUGCAUCAGCGGCAGCCCCAACAUAAUCAUGGAACUAGACAACGUACUGCCGCACAACAGAAACAACAACAAGAACCGGCGGCGGACAGCAUAGCAGUGGCAUCAAUUAUACCUCAACCACAACAACAACCCAUGCUAACAAAUCUCAGUAGCAAUAAUAACCACGUUACAAACGACUGUUUUAAUAAUAUUAACAACAACAACAACAAAAGUGUGGAAGCGGCAGCUGCUGCCUUGCCAAUUGUGGAACAACAACAUCUGGCUAUUCCGACUAAGGUUAUCUCAACACCUCGUAAUAAGAAUGAAGAAGCAAUAAAUGACUUGCGGACACGCAUUCCUGAAAUUGAAAAUAUUUUUGACAUUCACAGUCGCAUUGGAAAUGGAACAUUUAGCACAGUACUUUUGGGUACAUUGAAAAAAGAAUCGAAUCUGCCUGAAAACCAUAGGCGAAAAUUUGCUAUCAAACACCACAUACCUACCAGUCAUCCCGAUCGUAUUAUGAAGGAGUUGCAGUGCAUGGCUAAAAUUGGUGGUAGCAACAAUGUGGUUGGUAUCAAUUGCUGCAUUCGCUACAACGAAUCGGUGGCCUUUAUUAUGCCCUAUCUGGCCCAUGACCGAUUUCAU